ACAAAGCUAUCUGACCAGAUCACAUAUCCUCAGUUACAGAACAAUUGAACUCAUCUCAAUUUAGUUUUUUGUCUUGUUUUCUGUUACUUCAUUCACAUGUUAGCCCUAAUUCAACCCCAGUCAAUACACUGUCCUGUAUCUUACAUGGAUAUUUGCUAAAUUUCCUAUUACCAGAUCCAUCAACUUCCGACACACCCUUCAAUUUUCUUCCUCAAAAUCAAUGGCGUCCUUGGAAAAAGGCAAGUUUUUUAUCUUCCUUUUGCUCUUAUUUUCCUCUUCUCUUCAUGUUUCCAGCACCCCUUCAGACCACGAAUCAUGUUCAGUAGAAUCGAAGCUGGACCCCGAUUCAUGUCAGGAACCUGUUCCUGAACCGCCCCAAACAACCAAUUAUUUGAAUCAGCAAGUUUUUUUGGAUAAACUUGAGGAAUUAGUGAGAAAUCUCAGUGAUUUAGUUGCAAGAUUAGAAUCAAAGCUACCUGACCCGGCUCAAGAAAAGGGCAGGUCAGCUCAAGGAAAGGGUGGUGAUGACGGUGACGGUGGUACAAUAUCAAGCAGUAAGCGAGUUGAAGAUGGGGAAUUUGAGGGAAAAAUCCGUGAUGGGGAGAGAGCAAAGGGAAUGUCUGUAACAAAGUACACACCCUUUUGGUCUGAGAGGUUCCAGUUUGCAUCUGCUGUGAAGUUGGAUUCUGAGGUCACUUGUAUAAAUGUUUUGCCUUUUAGGGAUCACGAGGGGCUGAGUAAGUAUGUGGCAGUUAGUGAUGAGAGGGGUAGAGUGUAUGUAUUCUUGAGGAAUGGAGAUGUGUUGGUUGAGUUUGAUACCUCGGUGGAGUCCUCUGUUACUGCAAUGGUUUCGUAUACUUCGGUUUAUAAGAAUGAGAGUUUUGUAGUAACUGGUCAUGAAAACGGGGAAAUUUUGUUGCACAGAGUUUGGGAGGGAGGGUCUGGUGGAGAGGAUUAUAGUUCUCUUUUCAUGGAGAAUGUUGGUAAGUUUGUGUCACCUGAAAACCGUGAAGAAGGUAGGCGUGUGACUCUCUUGGAAGUUCAUUAUGUGGGAAGAAUGAAGUACAUUCUGUCUGCUGAUACAAGUGGGAAGAUCAAGGUUUUUAAGGAAAACGGUUCCUUGUAUGGUUCAGUCAUGGCUUCUAGUAGGCCACUGGCUUUCUUAAAGCAAAGGCUUAUGUUCUUGACAGAAACUGGGGCAGGUUCAUUGGAUCUAAGAGGUAUGAAAAUCAGGGAAUCUGAGUGUGAAGGGUUGAACCAUUCUGUUGCUAGAACAUACGUUUUUGAUGCCAUGGAGCGUUCCAAAGCUUAUGGCUUUACCUCAGAUGGGGAAAUGAUUUAUGUGUUGUUGCUUGGAGAUGUGAUGAACUUCAAAUGCAGGGUCAGAUACAAGAAAAAGUUUGACAUGGAUGAGCCUCUUGCUCUGCAGGCAAUCAAAGGGUAUCUGCUGAUUGUUAACCCGGAGAAGGUUUAUGUGUACAAUGUUUCAUCUCCACACUAUGUGAGAGUUGGUGUGCCUAGGCUUGUUUUUUCUCCAAGUCUUGAUGAGCUCAGAUCAUCAUUCUUGAAUAGUCCAAUCCCGGGUUUGGAUGCUGAAACAAAAGUGAUACCUUUGAUAGGCACUGACCGGGAAAAACUUGUUAUUGUUGGACUUGGAGGAGGCUAUGUUGGAAUGUAUCAUUCUAAUCUACCUAUCUUCAAAGGGGAAUUCAACACCAUGCUAUGGACUAGUCCUGUGUUGUUCUUUGUACUUUUCUUGUUUGGUGCUUGGCACUUUUUCGCCAAGAAGAAGGAAGCACUUACAUCAUGGGGACCAGAUGACCCUUUCACUUCCACUUCAGCCACCACCAAUGCACCUUUGGCAUCUUCAUCUGCAGACAGAUCUUUUGGAGAUUCUAGCUCAAGAACCACUGAAGUCAUGGAUCUUAGAGGUGGAGCUCUCAGAGCUCCUCCAAGAAGGUAUGGCUCUCCUUCAAGGUAUCCUGGUGCUGCUUCUGCUGCUGCUGCUGCAAGUUCCUAUAGACUUGGUGCUUCCACAGAUCACAAUGCUAGACCAGCCUCGGUUGAUCCAGAUUUUCGUGGAGCCUCUGAGCUGAAAUAUAGGGCCACCACCAUGGAUCCUCCGGGUUUUCCCAAGAGAAGAGAUGGCAUGUUUGUAUCAAACCAAGUUGUAAAUGAGCGCAGUUGAGUGGCAGAGUUAAUUGCAUGAGCUUUUUUCUAACCAGUUUCAACUUUCCUUACCUUAGUUUUUACAUCUUAUCAUAUCCUUCAGCAUCACUUUGCUAUUUGGUUUUCUGCCUUUUUAACUUUCAAGUUGUUGCACAAAAGAGGGAAAUAAAUUAUAUUGAGAAACUUGCUCGUCUUUUUUACUUCAACAUGUUCGAAUUUGGAUUC